GUUUUUGGGUGAAAUGACCCGAAAAAUAAGUACACACCAAACUAGCGUUUUACACUGUCAAUAGCGUCUCCAUCUCCGAGCCACAGAGGCAGAGAGCAGUGAGCAAGUUCGAAACUGAUGUGGGCGGCACUACGAUCUCGUUCCUCAUCGCUCCAUCCAUGGAAGCAAGGGAUUGCAGUUCCACCAGGGCUCAACCCCACCGCCUUCUCUUCUUCGUCUUUCACCACCGCCGCCACCACCAACAAAGCCUUCCUCAGCCUCCAAGAAAUCAAGAAGGUUCUCAACGACGUUAGGGCAGACGACGUCAAGGUCUUAUCAGUCCCUAAUAUGCACGCCGAUUGGGCCGACUACGUGGUCCUCGCCACCGGUAGGUCCACCUGGCACGUCAAGAACAUCGCUCAAGCCCUUAUCUACAAGGCUAAGCAGAAGCAGAAAGGAGUGGAUCGGAAGGUGCUGCCGAGUGUUGAAGGGCAAGAGGAAGGAAAGUGGAUUGUCAUUGACUCUGGAAAAAUUAUUGUUCAUGCUCUUGAUGAGAAGGCUAGAGAGUACUACAAUUUGGAGGGCCUUUGGACCACUGAGACAUCUCAAAAGGAACCAAACCCGGAGUUGGAAAAAGCUUUUGUGAAGAUUCGUCCCAAGAACAACUCCAAAAAACCAGUGCAAAAAGUUGCAUGAUCAUUUUUGUCCAUAUACUGGAGGCGGACCGACUCCACAUUGUAAGGCUUAUAUGCCUGUUCUAAAUGCAAACUGUAGGUUGUUAUCUAAUUAAGGUAUUUUCUGUAGUUUGUCAUGUGCAUGCACGCACUUUGAAUUUGAUUUUCCCUUAUCUGUUAUAUUUGGUUGGAAUUUAACAGCAAAUGCCCCUGGCUUCUCCUCUGCAACUUGAUUUCGUAGCUAUGGUUAAAUUAGUUUUGCAUUUGUCUACGCCAUACCAAGGGACAAAGGAUGCGGGAUGGUGCCAUUUUUUUUCUGUAAUGAUACCUAAUGCUAAUACUACCAAGUUUCAGCUCAACUCGAUGGUUGAAGUAUUGUAAGCCCUUACAA